GUGGACAGGAUCAACAAACAAACAAACACUUUGACAUACAAUUUCACAAAAAAAAACCCCACUUACGAGAACCAUGAAGACUACCUCGGUUUUGUCGAUCAUUUUCCUCUUGCUUUCCGUCGUCGCCAUUCAUGUUGCUGAAGGAGCGGAUCCAAUACCGAUGCGAGAGACGUGCAUCACGCGUUUGGAAGUAUACUGCCAACCGGGUAAAUGCAAGAACGAUUGUAAUCGGGUGUAUGGGCCUCGUGUCUCCGAUGGCUUUUGCUUCCAUGACUCGUGUCUGUGCGCAUACUUCUGCUGAGCUUAAUUAGACGCAAUCAAUGUUUAUUACAGAAUAACUGCAUGUAAUUUCAGGGCUACCCACGCCCAUGGAUGGUUUGCUCAAUAAAUAAUCUUAUAUCCAAAAAUGAAUAAGAAAUAAUUCAACGAGAUAGAUUCGGAAAAUUGUAAAAUUUGGCAUGGAUUUAUUUCACCCAAAGAAUGGAUAAUCAUUAAUAAUAAAAAAAAAAUGAUAAAGGUAGAUAUUUCCU